AUGCACUUUCAAAAUACUCCCUCUGCGAAUUCAAAUCGUGGCCUCCGGUUAAACCGACCGCGAAUAUUUAAAUAUUGCCCUGCCAAGAAAGUCUUGGCCAUUGAUUGGGUGUCUGGGGGGCAGACGGGCUUUUCCGCUUCCAAGAAUGGUAAUAAUGGACGGCUGAGUCGAUGCCGAGUACAGCGUCCUGGGCAUGAAUGGGACGAGAACGCUCUACUAAGAGAUAAACUAGGAGGCUACGUGGUGGAGUGGUAUUAUGCGAUGGGAUCGUGUAUCUGGGGAUCGUCCGCCGUCUCGCCUAUCAUUUUUAGCGAUGUCAAUUUUCAACACUGUAACUUGAAGGGAUUAUCUGUUGGCCAUGCAUCUCGAUACCCCAAUAUGUUGCUUUAUAUGGGUCGAGUACUAGGUCCUACCACGGGGAGUGGCUCACGCCACUUCCUUCGUCAAUCGUGCCGUGAGAGGGCGGCGUCUUCUGAACUCUCCGACUCGACACUCGACGAUAGUAACCCAUUUGUUGGGACACACGCACACGUCGAAGCAAGCAAUUUCAACGCUGCAAAAACUGGCGUGCACACCCCCGCCUCUCGGAACGACAUUAACGCCAUUAAAUUGCCGGAAAAUGGCACGGAAAAUACGCGGUUGUUGGGCUCAGCUUCCAUACCUGGGGGUCAGGUCAAUCGCAAGCUGGGUAUGGUGCUCAAGGCCUUUUCCUGGAUACUAAUCAAGAGGCGCCGCAACGUCGCAAGACAGUAG